CACCCAGAAACAGGAAGACAAAACUAUUCAUUUUAUUUCAGCAGUGUGAAAACCACGGUCAAAACGCCUUUACAUCUUGUUCAUUUAUUUGUGCAUUGACACGCAUCACAGCACGAGGUUGCUAUGGCGACGUGUUUCACAUUAUCUCUGAUGUUUCUGCUCAUGACUGCUGAUGUUGAUGGUCAGCAGGAUGUCAUAGUGAAUUACAAUCCUUCAUAUGUUUGUGCAUUAAGAGGCUCAACAGUGAUAAUGUCCUGUAUUUAUCCUCCUGGUCAUCAGGUCACAUCAGUAUACUGGACCAUAAAAACAGAUCAACCUUAUUCAGUGCCACAAAACCUGUGUUCUGACACAUAUUCCAGAGAAAAGGUUCAGUGUCAUAAAGAAAAUACAGAGACUUACAAUAUCACUUUACCACACGUGACAGAAGCUGAUAAACACGAAUACUGCUGCAUAUUCACAAGUGGAUUAUACAGUGUAGAAUUUAGAGGGACUCCUGGAGUUCAGCUUGAAGUCACAGACCUCCAGGUGGAGACACAACAGAGAGUGAAAGAGAGAGAUUCAGUCACUCUUACAUGUAAAACCACCUGCAGACUGACUGAAGAAACAACAUUCAUCUGGUCCAGAAACACACAGAUAUUAACUGAACACACAGUGAAUGAGUUUCAUCUGCAGUCAGUCAGUCGUCAUGAUUCAGGACUCUAUAGAUGUGCUAUAAGAGGACAUGAACAUCUGUCCUCUCCUGGUGUUUAUCUCAGUGUAGAAUAUCCUCCAGAGAACACCUCAGCGUCCAUCAGUUCUUCUGGUGUAAUAGUGGAGGGUGAUUCAGUGACUCUGACCUGCAGCAGUGAAUCAAAUCCACCUGUUCACAUCUACAGCUGGUUUAAAGAGAAUCAAACAUCAUCUGUUGGAUCUGGACAGACGUUCAGCAUCACUAACAUUAAUUCACGUCUCAGUGGAUGGUUUUACUGUGUGGCUCAGAAUAAACAUGGAUCUCAGAGAUCAGCUGCUGUAUCACUCACUGUUAAAGGUGUUCGGGGUUCUUCUCUGUACACAGUUUUUGGGAUUGUGGCAGGAUGUGUAGGAUUCUUCAUCAUCAUCAUCAUCAUCAUCAUUCUGAUUAUUAAGAAGAGGAGGACUGAUAGUAGAGCAGAAUACGUCAAUCAAACACAGACGGCUGACUCGAGUGAUGAUAGAUACACAGCUCUGAAGCCUGCGUCCAGAACAUCUGCAGACAUUUACAGCACGAUCAGAUCGGAUCAGUGCAGGGCUGAUGAUGGCGUCUACACGACUCUUGACCUUCAGUCCAGAUCUUCUGAAUAUGACACACUUGCAGUAAACACACAUUAAACUCUCUCUCUCUUACAGAGAGAACUCUGGUCUGACUGGAAUGAUGUUAUGUUUUUAUUCAUUACAAAUAGUUAACAUCAAGUGAUCAAUACUUUUGUAUUAUUUAGUCAUUUAGUGAUUAAGAUUUUAAUUUAGCUCAUUGGUAAACAUUUGAUGUGUGAUUUUAAAGCAGUAAUGUCAAUAAAGUCUU